AUGUAUGGGUUUAAGGCAAGGCCAAGGAACAAUAAUUUUAGGAAUUUUAACAAAAAUAAUGGUCACAAUAAUAAAUUUCGCCAUAAUAACAACAGGAAUAGAAGAAAUAACAAUAACAACCUAGAAGAAAUUAGUGAAUAUCUUAUUAAUAUUUCUUAUAUCUUGAAUGAAAAAUAUGAAAAAUAUUUUGUUUAUGAAUUAAAAGAGGAAAAUGUAAAAAAAGGAUAUAAAGUUUUUGGAGACAUAAAUUUAGAUGAUUCAUACAAUAUUGAGGAUGAUAUAUGUAUAUUAGUUAAAAUAAAAGAUGAAAUAAAAUAUAAUGAAAAGGCUUUAGUUAGAACAAAAAAAUGUUCAAAAAUACUGGAAAAAUUAAUAUAUUAUUGUUUUUUUUUAUUAAAAUAUAAUGAGAAGAAUGUAAAAAAUAAUGAUAUAAGUAUAGAAUGUAUAGAAAUUUAUAAUAAUUUUUUUAAAAUGGUAUAUUCAAAUUUCGAUGAAUUAGCUGUAUGUGAAUAUGCAUCACAUUUUGUACAAACUGUAUUAUGUGUAUAUAUUUUUUUUAAUAAAUAUGAAGAGAAAUAUAUAGAAGAUAUUAAUAAAAAAAAUAAUGAUUAUAAAAAAAUAUCAUAUUAUUUUAAGGAAAUAGGUAAUAAUAUAAUCGAAAAUAUUUUUUUUUUGAUUUUUGACAAAUGUGGAACACAUAUAUUAAGAUCAUUUUUAUAUUCAUUGGGUGGAUAUUUAAAUAUUAAUAUAAGUAAUAUAACAUUUAGAAAAUCAAAAGUUCGUAAUAGUAUGUCAAAAGGGGAACUGAAAUAUGUAAACAAAAAUUAUAUGAAUGAUAAUGAUGUUAGCAAUCUUAAUGGGAAAGGUGAUAAUACCACUUUUUUCUUUGAAUGUUGCAAAAAAAUAAUUGAUAAAAUUAAAGACGAAAUAGUAAAUCCAAAUGAAUCUCAAAAAUUUAAAAAUAUUUUAUAUCAAUAUAUUUUUUAUGAGGAUAUAAAAAAAGGAGAAGAAAUAAAUUCAAAUGACAAAUAUUUAAUAGAAAGCCAAAAUCAGUAUUUAAUUUCCCCUCUUUUAUAUAAUACAUAUUCAGUACCAGCAUUAGUAAUUUUAUUUGAGUUAUUUAAAGAUAAAAAAGUUGAAUGUAGUGAUUUAAUAAGUGAAAUAUUUUUAAUAAAAAAAACGAAAAAAUAUUAUAUUGAUAAAACUUGUGAAAAAAAUAUAUGUUUUGAAGAAAGUCCUUUAAAACAAUUGUUAGACUUAUUAAUAAAAUUAGAUUCUUCAAGUAUAAUGAUUGAAAAUAUUUUAAAAAUUAAUAAUGAACACACUUUUUAUGUUUUUAAUACAUAUAUAUUAAAAAAUAUAAAUAAAUUAAUAUGUGAUAAUCCAUACUCUUGUUUAGUUAUAUAUAAUUAUUUGUCUUUUGAAUAUAUAACAGAAGAAAUGUAUGAUUUGUUAAUAAAACAAAUAGAUAUAGAUAUUAUUAUUAAUAAAAAAAAAUUUAACAUUUUAAAAUCUUUAUUUGAUUUAUCACAAUGUUAUAAAAGGAAUUGCAAAUUUUUGGUGAACUCUUUGCUCAAAAAUUUAUCUUUGAUAGCCGAAUCCGCAAAUUCGGAAAAAAAAAGUUUUACACCUGAAAGUAUCAAUAAUACAAAAUUUAUUUGGUUAUGCAUUUUAUGUAUGUGUAAUUAUAAUGAUUUAUCUCCCCUUGUUUUAAAUAUCUUUGGAAAUAGUAACCCAAAAAAACAGGAAAUUGAAAAUGAUGAUAUAGAAAAUGAGGAAGCAUAUAAUGGGGACCAACACGAUAACAAUAAUAUGGGUACAUUAAAUAAUUACAAUUUUUACAAUCACAUUAAAAUUGACACAAAUGGAUAUUAUAUAUUGCUUCAUAUUUUAUCUUUUCCAAAAGAGUCAAUUAUACCUAUAAUAAAUUCUUUUAAACAUUUUUGCAAUUUUUUAAAAAUCGUAUAUAACAACAAGCCAAGCAAUAACGAUAUAAAUAAUUAUAACAGCUUUUUAGACGCUUUUUCAAACAAUAAUAAUAAUAAUAAUGGAAAAAAUAGAUUGAGUUAUGAAGAAGGAAAUCAUAUAAAUGAUAAUCAUCAACAUGAAAAAAUAAUAAAAAAUAAUUCAGGAAAUAACUAUUAUAAUAAUCUAAAUGGUAAUAAAAAUGAAAAUAAAAUAAAACCAUUUAUAAGAAAAAAUGCUGAAUUAAGAGGAAAUAUAUUAUUAUACUUUUGUUGUGAUAAAAAUUUAUCGAUUUUAUGUGAAAAAAUUGGAAAUACUUUUAAUUUACUAAAUGAAAAAUAUUUAAAACAAUUUAUUUUAUUAUUUAAAAAUGAAUAUAAAAAUAUAGCUAUUAAUCAUAUAGGAGCUCAUGUAGUUGUUACUUUUUUUAAAUUGGGAAAUGAUCAAAUAAAAAAAAGUAUAUUAGAUUCAUUAAUUGAAAACGAUAUAAACAUGUAUAAUAAUUUUAUUAAAAAUUUUAUGAAGCUAAAAGAAUAUAAAAAAACAAAGACUAUAAAUACAAAUACAAAGAAAUAUUUGAAGGCAAAAAAAAUGUUUGAAAAUAUUUUAAUAUCAAAAGAGAAAGAUGAUUCAGGAAAUGGACUAAUUCAGGAGUUGGAUCAAAUGAAUAACGACAAAAAAGAAAACACAUCUGAUAAAGAAGAAAAAAACACAUCUGAUAAAGAAGAAAAAAACACAUCUGAUAAAGAAGAUGAAAAAAACAAAUCUGAUAAAGAAGAUGAAUUUAUGAAUGUUAUAUCCGAAUUUAUAAAAGAUUCAAAAAAAAAAUCGAGAAAACGUAAAAAAGAAAAGGAUAAAAUUGACAAGGCUAUAAAUAAAAGUGUAAAAUGUUCUUAA